AUCAACUUCACUCAACUCCCGCAUUUUGUUUCAAGUUUUAUCGCGUCAAUCUACAUGUUGCGCCAGUCCAACCCCUUUUGUACCCCUCUUUUUACCGGAAAAUCUGACCUCGCGACGCGUACCCCCGUCAAAUGCAGUCCCCCUGUGCCCCGAGUGCCCCUGUGACUGAACCGAAGAGAGCCACCACCGAAGGUUAGCCAACAGCAUCAAAAUUGCAACGUGCAGCAUAAACCAGGACAUGCGGCGACCUUGGCGAUCGAAGCCACCACCGCCGGCCGCCGUGUGUUCCCCGGCGAUGAGAACGCCAUCGGACUACCAGAGCUUUGCCACGUGCUACAUGGAGCUCUGCAGACAGCAAAAGCUCCGACCACUGCCCAUCAUCUGCGUGACUCUUCCUCACAGCUUAGACUUCACAACAGAUCGUGUGAAGAUGGACGACUGGGGGCCGAUUUUGCACUCGCUCUCGCUGGACCGUACGCUGAAGUCGGUGAGUGUGAGAAGCCGAUACCAGUGCCGUCAUCCCCUGGACGAAGUCACCUCAGCGGACAAGGCAAGAGCGAUUGGCAAGGCCCCAGUUGUCCUGACGCGCUACCUCCUGGAGUGGCUGUCCCACAGCGUCGCCCAGUGCGUGAGGAAUUCACCAGCGCUGACCUGCCUGGAGCUGGAAGGUGUUCCACUGCCGGACGACUGCCUGGCAGCCCUGUGCGUGGGCCUGACCGCCACCGAAAGCCUUCAGCACCUGUCCCUGAAGCGGUGCUACAUCGGGGACAGCAGCUGUGCCCUCGUGUGCCGUACCAUCGCCGAUGUUCACAGCAUCAGAUCCCUGAACCUCAGCCAGUGCGACCUCAGCAGCUACUGUGGGCCUGCGCUGGCGUCGGCCUUGUGCAAGCAGAAGCUCCUCCUUUAUCACGACACGUGGAAGGACUCCCUCAGGUACAGGGAGCCCGAUGUGGACGCCAUGCCGGGCUUGAGGAGACUGACUCUCAACGACAAUCCGCGCUUGGGGGAUUCAGCUGUGGCUGAGGUAAUCGACGCCAUUCAGGACAGCCUCUGGCUGAAGGCCCUGGAUCUCCAGCACUGCGGACUGACUGACGCCAUCGGCAGCGAUAUCCUCCAGCUCCUCGAGCAGAACACGACACUGGAAGUGGUGGAUCUUCGGGGAAAUGGGAACCUAAGUGAUGAUAUCGUUGGAGAAGUGUUCAAGCGGCUCGAGUUCAACAACACCGGGUGCAGAUUGGAGUACAGGUACUUCAAGGUUCGACAGAAGGACAGCAGAGCUGUUUCCGCGGGCGACAGACGGAAGAAGAUGGAAGGGAAUACGACGUUGAACAGACCGAAGAGUGCGGUGACGAGGAACAAGCGAUUUUGCCAGGUGAAUCCUCCAGGAAAGUCUCCAGCAGUGGCUCUGGCAGCUAAAAGAACGAAGCUCAAGCCACCGAUUCCCCACUUCCCCGUGCAGAAUGGCAAGGUGAGGACUGUGGGUGUUGAAGCAAAGGUCAUCGUACCAGCGAAACCGGUUCUUCACCUGGACCUCCAGACGCAGAUAAAAUCGACGAUUGAUGAGGUUGAAGGAACGACGAUUGAAGACGAGAGUGAGGGAUACCGAGAGGAGACGAAGGAGCAGCUGGAGGAGCUACUGGAGCACUUGGCGAAGACGGACGACUCCGAGGAGAAGCUGACGCAUAACAUGAAGCAGGUGGAGGCUCAGCUGAUGGAGGAGAAGGCCCGACGAGAAGUCGCGGAGAUGAAGCUGCGACUGAUGCGGCGGGAUCUGGAGGAUCUCGAGAGCUCCCUCAAAGCUAAGGAGAUCGCGACCCGGGGGUAUCUGCUGAUAAGCCAGAAGUCCGUUGAUGAAAUUGCCAGGUCGUUCGAGGAGCUGCUGAAGAUGCUGGAGGACAGGACAGAGCGGAGCUCCAGCUGGAGGGAAAAAGACAAUCAGGCGAGGGAAGUGUUGAAGCGAAAGGUGACCCUGCUCCUCCGUAAGACCAAAUCGGAGAAACUAGAGAGGAGCAUUCUGGAGCUGGAGUCCCCGACGAAGGGGGUCAAGUCCACUGGUGACAUCAGCACGACGACUCUGCCUGCUCCCUCGCAGCUGGAGAAACGCGUUGGAGACACUGGUGAGGGAUCACUGAUGGAGGACAACUGGACACGUCUGGCGAUCACCAAAUCGUCAAUCUCCCCUUACGAACGAGCCAGGACGCUGUUCAAGCAGAUCGUCAAUGGCGAUGUCCUCCUGAAUCUCCAAAAUCGAGCCAACUAGUCGCGGUUAUUCCGUGAAAAAAAAUGGAGGAACGCGAAAUUCCUGGGUGAGGGCCCUCAGGUGAACACUCUCCGGUGCAUCAUCAGUGAUAUAUGUCUGCUGGCCUUGAAGAAGAUUUUGAUGGGGUAAAAAAUUGGUAAAUUGGACCACUCACCCAAAAACUCCAACGGCAACAGCAGCUUCUCUCAACGCCCUCUCCUGGUCCAUCUCCACCAAAGCCUCGGGUCUAAUUGUCGCUGUGUUCCUGGGCUGUCUCUCGUUCUGCACAGCUGCAAAUGAACCAGCCAAAA